GGGAUGCGGGAUGGGCUGCUCGGAAGCGGCGCUGCGGCGGGAGAGCUGCGCGCAGCGGGGCCGGGGGCUGUCGGUGCCGUGGGGCUGUCGGUGCCGUGGGGCUGUAGGUGCCGAGGGGCUGUCAGUGCCGUGGGGCUGUCGGCGCGAUGGGGCUGUCGGUGCCGUGGGGCUGUCGGUGCCGUGGGGCUGUCGGUACCGUGGGGCUGUCGGUACCGUGGGGCUGUCGGUGCCGUGGGGCUGUCGGUGCCGUGGGGCUGUCGGCGCGAUGGGACUGUCGGUGCCGUGGGGCUGUCGGCGCGAUGGGGCUGUCGGUGCCGUGGGGCUGUCGGUGCCGUGGGGCUGUCGGUGCCGGACCAUCGUGAGAAGGUAGGACGAAUAUCUGCCCCGUAUGCUGAAUUAAGCGGUGUGUUGUGCCGCUCCUGCCCCUCGUUCGGUGACCGGGCGUCUCGUUCUCACAGUUGCAGUAACUUUCGGACAUUUUCGGUGUAUCUUCUGGGACGAGGUUUUUCAGUACAGAAGAAAACGUUCGGAGUGAAAUCAAAGCGUAAUCCACAGUGGUUCAGGUCCCCUCUGCAGGGUUGUUUUCAGGCUGUCAGGAAAUUAACCAGCAUCACAGAACUCAGUUCUUGCUGCACCUUCUGCCCUGUCCUUUACGUUCUGGUUUGUACCGACUCCUGAGCUGCUCACAUUGAUAACAAGUAUGUCAUGACUAUAGACCUGAAUUUCUAAGUUCAAAACACGAAGGUUUGAGCUUCUCGGAGAACAUGGUAAGUGUAUAAAGGCUUUCUGUUGUUCAACAUAACUGUGUGCUGCUGCUUUCUAUCUGUGAUGCCUGUAUGACUUCUGAUAACACAGCGUGAGCCUCGUGCUUCAAUUUAGAGUGCUGGAAUAAAAUGCCGUAUUCCUC